AUGACCAAGAAACCCCCUUUGCCUGGGAAUUUCGAGAAAUCUGUGGCCGACGGUGAUCGGAAAACUGUUGCUAGAAAGAGGUCGGAAAAGAAUGUGGGUGUGCUGAUUGUUGCGACAAUCGUGGUGGCAAAACUGACAUCUGCAUUCGGAAUUUCGAGAUCUGGAAAACGGCGGCUCCCUCCGGUGGUGAAAACGCGGUGGCCGGUGGUGGGAGGGCUGGUCCGAUUCUUGGGAGGACCGGUGGUGAUGUGGAGGGAGGAGUAUCCGAAGCAGGGGAGUGUGUUCACCUUGAAGUUGUUGAACAAGAACGUCACUUUCUUCAUAGGACCGGAGGUAUCUGCUCAUUUCUUCAAGGCUUCGGAGUCCGAUCUCAGAUACUUGAUUCUGUUACAAUUGAUUGAUUAUAUAGAUGUAGCCACCACCAAAACUUCAAUCCAGGCAGCCAUAGAAACAAACUAUGACAGAGCACAAGAGCUAAAGGCUUUUGAUGACACCAAAAUUGGUGUCAAAGGACUUGUUGAUGCUGGGAUUGCCACAGUCCCAAAAAUUUUCAUUCAACCACCAGACAAUCUCAACAAAACCACCAAUCCAAACAAUAUCCAGUUCAAUUUUCCAAUCAUAGACCUUACUGGCAUUGACAAAGAUCCGAUCCCGCGCAGGGAGGUCGUCGAUGAAAUCCGCGAGGCUGUGGAGAAUUGGGGGUUCUUCCAGGUGGUGAACCAUGGUGUUCCAGAGAGUGUGUUGGAGGAGAUGAAGAAAGGUGUUCACAGGUUUUAUGAGCAGGACAGUGAGGUGAGAAAAGAGUGGUAUACUAGAGAUGUGAAGAAAGCUGCGGUGUAUAAUAGUAAUUUUGAUUUGUUUAGUGCACUAGCUGCUAAUUGGAGGGACACUUUCUAUUGUAGUAUGGCUCCUAAACCCCCAAAUUCAGAGGAAUUGCCUCGUCCUUGCAGCUAUGUUAUGAAUGCAUGUUUCGUUGAGUUUUCAACAAUUAGGUUCGUGAAAAAAAAAAAUCCAAACCACCUCAAAGACAUUGGUUGCGCCGAGGGGCUCGCCGUACUGUGCCACUACUACCUGGCAUGCCCUCAGCCGGAGCUCACUGUCGGCACCACCAAACAGCAGGAUUACAUUGGAGGCCUUCAAGUUCUCCACCAAAAUCACUGGGUUGAUGUCCCUCCUACCCCUGGAGCUCUUGUGGUCAAUAUUGGAGAUCUCCUACAGGCAAGUCUCUCAUUCAUUAACCAUAUUUUGUUUCAACCAAAGUCCUUAAUUUAGGAUCUAUCAUCAAAAAUUCAAUCUCAGUGUACUUUUAAUCACAUGAUGUGACAAGAAUUUCGAGACAGAAUAAUCUCAUGACAUGAUCUA